AUGAGAUCGCCCGUACCUGCAGAUCACAUUCGCCAGGCACCAUCGCAACUUACCUCAGGUUACAAACAUCAAAGAAACCUCUAUAUUGAAGUCAGCAAUGCCAGCUCCGGCUACAAAUUCUGCAUGGGUGAUGCUGGCCAUUGCAAGUGGCGCCUGUGCAGCCUUCAACGGCGUCUUCGCGAAGCUGCAAGUUGUAUCGUGAGCCCUCGUCGACUACCCGCCUGA